AAACAGUUUUUGCCCAAUGUCUUCUCUUGCCACAUGUAUGACAUGUUUUUGGGCAAUCUCGUGACCAAUGGCCGGGCUCUCUGCACAGGAAACAUAUAUCUCCUCCGACUCUGCUUCUUCACUGUCUGCUGCGUCUCGCGCGUUUGGCUGUAGUCGCUCAGUGGCUUUUGCAAACUCGAUCGUGGCCUUAACUGCAACUAUGUCUGCCUUCCACCGGUCCAUCGGUCCGUCGAUACUCUGUCCGCCUUCUUGCUUGCUCGAGUAGCCUCCUAGUGCGUACGACAGCCCUCCAAAUCGCUGCCCGUGCUACUGUCUUUGUUGUGCUCUCUGCUGCCUCCAUCGCCUGCACGCGAAGAGGAAGUGCGCUAUCGACUCUAUGCUCCCGCAAUCGCACAGCGCGGUGUCUGAGGCUUUGAUCUUGUAUAGAUCCUCGUUGAGAAACGUCUUGCCGGUUCGUAGCUGCGUGAGGAUGGCAGCCUCAGCGCUGCUUAGCUGCUGUUACAUCCCUACUGACUUGCCCAGGUGGAACGCUGCGUCAAUCUUCUUGGUGACCAUGCCUGUCUCUGCCGUCCUAUUU